GAUCCUGUCUCUUUCUUAUUGGACGAAUUCGAUGACAAUUACAUGGAUGCUGAUGACAAUUACAUGGAUGCUGAUGACAAUUUGGCGGAACAAGAAUUGAUCACCGAUCCGCAUUUGGUACGAAAUUAUUCCAGUCUUAUUCUCGCUUGCAAAAGAUUCUGGCACUCACUUUCUGCGAUGUUCUUUGAAUUACUCGAUUUGAUACGAUUGUACAGCUUUGAAUUCUUUCGAAGAAUGUUCAAUGUGCUCUAG